GCGGCGGGAGCGCACGGAGAGGAGAACGCGCGGCGGGGAGCGCGCAGGAGCGAGCGCGGCGGGACCCCCCAGUCGGUGCCAGGGCCGACCCGGGGCUGAGGAAUGGGGUCCGGGCGCUAAGCCCCAUCCUGAGGUCCCGCCAGCACCCGAGUGUCCGUGGGGAUGCCGAUCCACCAGCAGAAGUCGGAGAUGGAGCCGGACCUGUCUCCCGGCGACCAGAGCAGAGGGGGAAGCCUGGAGAGCCGCAGCAGUAGCUCCCGUUCCAGAAGCUUCACUCUGGAGGACGAGAGCCCGAGGGACCUCACGCAUGAGGAGAAGGAUGUCUUGGAUGUCCUGCAGUUUUUUGAAGAGACAAUCGACUCCCUGGAGGCGGCCUUGGAGGAGCAGGGAGUCUGUGAUGGUGGGGCGUCCCACCGCUCCCCAUGCCCCCUGGAGCCAGAGGACGUCAUCGACCUGGUACCCCCGGGGCCCGCAGCUGAGGAGGCUGCACCCCUGCCAGAUGCAGUGAUGCAGGCAACAGGGACCCCACUUGCCGGAAAGGAAGACGCGGCCCUCCCCAACACUGGGGGACAGGGCUCUCCCGAGGUGACCCUGACAGAUGCUCCCGGCCCGGAGACCCCGCCUCCGACUUCACCCAUUGCUGCAGCCCCCGGCCGGCCCCGGAGGGAGCCGCUGUCCCCGUCUCCGCCCGCAGAACACCCCAAACUGCCCCGCUCUGUGCCCACCCCAUUGAUCAUCGCCCAGAAGAUUUCCGAGAAGCUGGCCGGAGACGAAGCCCUUUCGCCCACGUCCCCCUGGAAGGAGGGCAGGAGGACCCUGCCGUGCCCGGGUGAGCCUCCCGCAGGGCCCCGGCCCAAGCUGCACCGCUUCCCCAGUAACAUCAGCCUCACCAACAGCGCCGGCCGCGACUUCAGCCAGACCAUAUCCAAGGCAGCGGUCAGCGUGCAGGAGCGCAAGGCACGCGUCCUGGCCAACAUCAACGGGGUGGCCUUCCCCGCCACGGGGGAGCUGGGAGACCGGGCCGUCCCCAGUGACCUGGCGGGGCGGCCGGGGCCUGGCCAGGAGGCCGCCGGCCGGCAGCAGUCCCGGGGGGUGCAGACGGACAGGCCCCCUGCCUGGGCCAAUGGCUUCCAGAGCCUCCACGAGGCCCUCACGAGCCAGCCCACGCCCUUCAUCCCCACAGGCAAGACGGUUACUUUCCGGCCCGAGCCAGCCGCCAGCAACAGGCUGGCCCGGCACCAGGCCAGCAAGAGCGUGUACGAGCCGCGGCUGCCUGAACCAGGCCAGGACAUGGCCCGGCCACGCUCGGGCUCACUGCCCCGGGCGGUGGGCUUCAGACCCCAGGGCGUCACUGUGCAGUUCUCGGGUCGCGGCUCCACGGAGGAGGCCCGGAGGGAGGCGCUGCGGAAGCUGGGGCUGCUGAAGGAGCACCUGUAG